AUGAAGAUAUCUUCAUAUCUGGCCUUGAGCCCUUUGGCUGGUGUAGCUAACACUUUGGCUAUCAUCUCGGAGGCGACAAAGCGUCCCAAUGCUGGAUAUGUCCACCUGCCUGAACCGACUCCCAUGGUUGAGUUCCUGGACGAUUUGAGACACCUCGCGUUGGGCAAGCGACAGGCGACUUCUACAGAUGAUAUCACCUACACGCUCGUCAACAGCCCCGAUUCAACAUGCGGAUUUCUCUCGGGUUCGCCGGGAAAUGCAAUUACUUGCUCGAACGGCGAGAGGUGUAGCUGGGAGCUCGCACAUGUCACGGGUAUUUUCUGCGGCACUUCUGCAUACAACAGAUGUCUUGAUCGAUCAGAUGCUCUUGAUACGAAGCUUUGCAACGAUGUUUGUCAGAGCAACUCAUAUAAUCUUCUUUGCACCGAUAAAUCAACGCCGUUCUGUGGUACCUAUGCCUACGAGUCUGGCGUCCGUGGCUUCAGGUGUGCGUCAAGCACGCUGACAGGCGAACAAAGCGUGUCUUUUAUGUAUAAUGGCCAAAAGGAUCGCAAGCUUUCUACGACAUACGUUUCUGAUGAAGUAACAACCACAACAACUUCGGAGACAACGGAGUCUAGCUCUCAGGAACAAAGUUCAACGACUUUAACAACUUCAGCAACGACAACUUCAGGAGAGCCAGAGCCACAAAACACAGGUGAUGGCGGGCGCAGCAAGACUAACGUCGGAGCUAUCGUCGGCGGUGCAAUCGGAGGCUUCGUGGUGCUCUCCCUCAUAGUCCUUGGUAUAAUCUGGUUCAUGCGACGAAACAAGAAGAACAGCGGCCCCCCUCCUCAACAAUCCACACCCGCAGCCGUUCCGCAGCCACAGGUUCCGCAGACUCAGGUAGAUACUGUCCCGCCCAUGAGCCAGCACUACACCAAGUCUGGCGUGACGUCUCCCACACAGUCCGAGUGGAGGGAUUCGAUGGUGACGGCGCAGAGUCCGGGUAGCCCUGUGUCGAAUAUGACGUGGACGGGACAGUAUCCUGCUCAAGCGCAGGGAAUGUAUCAUGAAAUGCCACAGGAUGGGAGCUAUGGCCGUUGA